AUGUCCUUUGAGAGAUCAUUUUUUGAAACAAGUUUCCCCUUCUUGGCGUCCGAGCAAGAAGGAAGUCGCCGCAAUACAUCAAGCAUAGGCGCUGAAGAAGAUGCAAAAUGCGCCAUCUGA